AUUCGUUUCGAUCAUCAAAGUCACAUCGUUGAUGGUUUACGUGUUGGAUCACGAUUGUGACCUCGAUUGCUCGCGGGAAGCGUAACGAGAUGCACGACGUUUUCUCCUAAGGUUCUUAUCGCACCGAUUUAGAGACGCAGCUGCAGGGGUGGGCGGGGAAGAAUUCGCGAGACGUGAGGGGUUUUUGAGGUCGCAGCAGGGAUUUGCGGGAAUUUUCUUUAGAGUUUUUUUGUGGGGGCUUAGGGUGUAUGUGAGAAUCGAGAAGAGAUGGAGGUGCUGAGCAGCAAACUGCCGAACAUCAGGCAUCGAACGGUGAAGACGAACGGCAUCAGCAUGCACAUUGUAGAGCAAGGCGAAGGGCCCAUGGUGCUGCUCCUCCAUGGAUUCCCCGAAUUCUGGUACUCAUGGCGCUUCCAGAUUCCCGCUCUGGCUGAGGCGGGGUACCGCGUGGUGGCGCCUGAUGUGCGAGGCUAUGGGGAGACGGAUGCCCCCAAGAACCCGCAUGUGUACACUUCGUGCCAUCUCGUGGGUGAUUUGGUCGGACUCCUGGACGCUCUCGAGGAGAAGCGCGUGUUCGUGGUGGGACAUGACUGGGGCGCCAAGCUUGCGUGGGAUCUUUGUCUGCUGAGGCCGGAUUGUGUGAAGGCCGUGAUCUGCUUGAGUGUUCCGUUCUUCCCCCGAUCGCCGAAGCGGAGUUCCAUUCGCGGAUACUACGAGACCGUCGGGGAGGGCUUUUACAUGUGCAGAUUCCAGAAACCUGGUCGUGCAGAAAGGGACUUUGCACGAAUAGGGACAACUGCCACCCUGUCCAAGCUCCUUUUCCCGCCACGAAACAGCUUCAUUGCCCCAAAAGAUAAGGAGCUGAUGGAGUCGAUUCCCAUGCCGAAGAAGCUGCCCGCGUGGAUAUCAGAUGCAGACCUUCGAUACUAUGCACAGACUUAUGAGAAAUCUGGGUGGACUGGCGCACUGAACGUGUACCGCGCCAUCGAAAAGAGCUGGGAGCUGCAGUCGCCGUGGACAAAUGUAGGAGUGAAGACUGCGGCAUUGUUUAUUGUAGGUGACAAGGAUCUUGUGAUGGGGUUUCCUGGAGUGAAAUCAUAUGUAAACAAAAAUUUCAAGUCCUUUGUUCCCAAUUUGAAGGAAGUUGUGACGCUGAAGGGCGGUCACUUUAUACAGCAAGAGCAGCCAGCAAGAGUGAACGAGCUGAUUAUCACAUUCCUUCAUGAGCAAACCUUGGCCUCGAGCUCCAGAUUGUAAUAUUCACUUGUUAGGGUUUCAAGAAGUCUCUUGCACACGCAUGUUUGCGUCAGUAAUACUUCUAAAUCAGAAGUGCUGUGAAUUGGACCCUUGUGUAUAUGCGUUUCAUACCUGAGAUCUGGUAGUCCCUUCA